AUGCUAGAGGAAGCGCAAGCAGAGGAAGCACAAGCAGAGGAAGCACAAGCAGAGGAAGCACAGGCAGAGGAAGCGCAAGCAGAGGAAGCACAAGCAGAGGAAGCACAAGCAGAGGAAGCGCAAGCAGAGGAAUCGGAAGCAGAGGAAGCGCAAGCAGAGGAAGCACAAGCGGAGGAAGCGCAAGCAGAGGAAGCACAAGCAGAGGAAGCGCAAGAAGAGGAAGCACAAGCAGAGGAAGCAACAGCAGAGGAAUCGCAAGCAGAGGAAGCACAAGCAGAGGAAGCACAAGUAGAGGAUCGCAAGGAGAGGAAGCGCAAGAAGAGUGAGCGCAAGCAGAGGAAGCGCAAGCAGAGGAAGCGCAAGCAGAGGAAGCACAAGCAGAGGAAGCACAAGCACAAGAAGCACAUGCAGAGGAAGCGCAAGCAGAGGAAGCGCAAGCAGAGUAAGCACAAGUAG